AUGGCGGCUUCUAUGGUAAAAGAUAGCGGCAACAAACCGAGCGUCGGGCAGAUGCUUUGGGCAUCUUCCAUUGGAUUGAUCAUCGUUGCAGCAAUGCAUUACCGGAUUCGGAAGCUACGAGAUCAGAAGAUCAUCCCUCGCUUGAAAGUCUCCGAUACGGGCCGCGUUGAAAAGCUCGAGAGCUUUCCCCAUUAUGUAGCAAGGCAAAUGGGGUUUAAAGACAUAAAUGAGUGCCCGCAUCUCUGCAAGUUGGCUGCUGAGUACAUAGCCAAAUCAGACGAAUGUGAAGAUGAUAUCUAUUCCUUUUUCUCAAGCGAGCUUCAUGCAGAUUCGCUCUUCGUCAAACUCGUCGAAGAGUUCGAGCGAUGCAUUCUCAGUUACUUUGCAUUCCAUUGGAACCAAACAGAUAUUAUGAUUAGUCAGAUCUUGAGUUCUGACCACCAGGAGCCGAAGAAGAAGCUCAGAAACAUUGUAAUGGCUGCAACCAGGGAACAGAGGUUUGAGAGGGUAACAAAGAACCUGAAAGUUGCUAGAGUAUUUACAACUUUAGUUGAGGAGAUGAAAGCAAUGGGACUCACAUCCACUGACGACUCGCAAUGCACGGAAGUGAUGGCUCCAAUGGCUCUUGCCGAUCGAAGUCCGAUGCUCCUGUUCAUGGGUGGCGGUAUGGGGGCGGGGAAGAGUACUGUGCUUAAGGACAUUCUCAAAGAGCCAUUCUGGAUAGGAGCAUCCCCUAAUGCAGUUAUAAUUGAGGCAGAUGCUUUCAAAGAAUCAGAUGUCAUUUAUAGAGCUCUUAACUCCACUGGUCACCAUAAUGACAUGCUCCAAACUGCUGAACUGGUGCACCAAUCAUCCACAGAUGCAGCUUCCUCACUUCUGGUGACUGCACUGAACGAAGGACGAGACGUAAUCAUGGAUGGAACGUUGUCAUGGGUACCAUUUGUAGUACAGACAAUUACGAUGGCGAGGAAUGUCCACCGUCGACGUUAUCGAAUGGGAGCUGGCUAUAAGGUUGGUGAUGAUGGCACUGUAACUGAAAAUUAUUGGGAACGAAUAGAAGAUCAAGAACCAGAAAAAGUUGUGGGCAAGAAAAGAAGACCAUACAGGAUUGAACUUGUUGGAGUUGUUUGUGAUGCUUAUUUAGCUGUCAUAAGAGGCAUAAGGAGAGCUCUCAUUUGCAGAAGAGCUGUAAGAGUAAAAUCUCAACUGAAAUCCCACAAGAGAUUUGCAAAUGCUUUCUUAACAUAUUGCCAAUAUGUUGAUAAUGCAAGGCUAUAUUGCACCAAUGCUUUGGAAGGCCCACCGAAGUUCAUUGGAUGGAAAGACAAAGACAAGACAUUGUUGGUUGAUCCUGAAGAAAUAAAGUGUCUAAAAACAGUUGGGAGCUUAAAUGAGGAAGCAAACUCCAUUUAUAAACUUUAUAAGAAACCAAGUCCUGCUUGUGAAGCUGGAUCAGUUUGGAAAGACAUUGUAUUGUCACCUUCAAGGGUAGCAAUCCAACAAGAACUGAGAUAUUGCAUCAAGAAAGUUGAAAAUUUGAAAAUUUGAAAAUUUUGGGCAAAAAAGGAGCUGAGUUUAUAACUUCAUAACUUUCCAUGAUGAAAUUAAGUAGAUAUCAUUUUUUUUUUUUAAUCUUGACAACUGAGGGCUAAUAUUUUUGUCCAUGUUGCUGGGAUGUAUUAAUUCUAUAUAGAUGAGGCUUUGUGUAGAACUCUGUUUCAAUACAAAAACACAAGGAAUCCUAGUAAGAUAUUUAGAG